GACCUCUAUAGCACACAGAUCCAGACAUGGCUCCUACAACCACUGCAGCAAUGACCAACUCUCAGGAGCAUCUCACUCUGACACACAAGCUCAGAAAACCUCUGGUGGAGAAGUUACGCAGAGAGCGAAUCAACAGCAGCAUUGAGCAGCUCAAGUCUCUCCUGGGUCCAGAGUUCCUCAAACAGCAGCCAGACUCCAAGCUGGAGAAAGCAGACAUCCUGGAGAUGACAGUUUGUGUCCUGAGACGACUGCAGCAGCAGAAUCAAGCUGUGGACUCAGCAGCUGUCAAUCAGGGCUACUCCAGGUGUGUCCAAGAGGUGACACACUUCCUGUCCAAAGAGCAGAUAAAGACACAGUCCCAGAGAAGACUGCUGAACCACUUCAACAAGCUGCAGUCUUCCUCUGAUAACAACCUGAGAGAGGCUGACUUCUCUCCUCUGAGCUCCACAGUCCAGACCAGCAUCACCACAGACAAGAGUCCAGUCAACAGCGCCCUCUGGAGGCCGUGGUAGACACCUACAGACUGGACUUACUGCCAGACAAAGUGAGACCACCAUACUGGUCAAAGAUUACUGGAACUGAAUUCUAUGAAAUCUUUGAAUUUUCAUUGAUUUGUUCUCCUGUUUGUACAGAAGGUUGUACUUUUUUUCCAUUUUCUUUGUUCAAAAUGGCAUUUCCUGAGGAAAUGACAGCAACAAUAUCUUUCAAUUUAAGAAAGAGAACAUCUUGUCAUGCAUGUUGCAUGAAACAAAUCUGAUUGCAUCUGCAAUUAUCAUCACUAUGCCUCAAUUGACAAUAUGUAUCAAUUGGGUGUUAUUAGCUAUUUGUUAUGUUCCGAUUGUUAUUGAUAAUUUUGAUCAGAAACUUUAACUGUUCUUUUCAAGGACAUAUUGUCAGUAUGAAUCUUUAUCUGUUUAAUCUCUGAUGAUCAAAACUGAUCUGUUGUUAGAUCCAAAUGUUUAUCCUUUUCUUUAAAGGUUUGUUUAAUGUCACAAUUUACCUGUGAUACUUUAAUGCUCCCUGCACAUCAUAUGUUGGUACGAUAUAGUGCAUGGAGAAAUGUAUUACCUCUUGAUAGGUAAUGAUUAUUUUGAGUUGAUCAAAAAUCUUAAAUGUCCUUUUUAUGGACAUUUUGUACACAGUGGCCAUGAUUUUAUAGUUGACUUUAUCUCACUUUAUGUGAUAUUUUAAAAAUGAUCUGUUUUAAGAUCAAUUUAUUUCUCCUUUUACUGCAAAAAAUGUUUAAUGUCACACUGUCACAGUUAUCCAGUGACAAUGUAACAUUUUGAGAAUCAAUCGAAUUUAGUGGUUAUUAAAAACAAUGUGACCCAUUUUAAGGUCAGUUUAUAGUAUUUUUUUAUUUUGUUUAUUAAAUACAACUGUUGUAAUACAUUUGGAAAAAAAGGUCAAAGUAAAGUGAGUACUGUGUACUCAAAUAUUGUGAGUCAUUUGUCUUUUAUAAAGACAGUUGUUCCUUUACUCUCUGUGAGUACAGUGUGUCUCGUACAAACCUACAUGUUGUUGUGAUGCAUCAUCACCUAUAGUUGGAGCUGUCAUACUUAAUGUGGCUCAUUGUGCCUUGUUUAAUAAACAAACACUACCUUCUGAAAA